AUGGCGCCGCGCAACGGAGGGAGUGGCAAGCAGGCCGCGCCGGCGGUGACGAGCGCGGGUGGGACGUAUGCGCUGGGUGAUAUCGUUGUCGGCUCGAAGCUCUAUGUAGAAAAGACGAACCCCGACAGUGGCGAGACCGAGCAGCGCCAGGCGGAGGUGCUGUCCAUUCGCGAGAAGCGCCAAAACAAGCUGCACAUGCUCCAGGCGGCGCAGGAAAGCGGCAAGAGCGUCGAGGAGGAGAAGCCGGAGACCGACUUUUACGUGCACUACUGCGAGUUCAACAAGCGCCUCGACGAGUGGGUGCCCUCGACGAAGCUCGUGCUGAGCCGCGAGAUCGAGUGGCCGAAGCCAGCUGAGCCGUCCACGGCCACGAAGCAGACCAAGCGCAAGGUCGUGCACGGCGUGCGCGCGACCGGCGCGUCCGAGUCGCCCGCGCCUGAGAGCGAAAAGUCGGCGGACGGCGAGGAGGACAAGAAAGAGGAGGUGUUUUCGAAAGAAAAAGAGGUCGAAAAGCUCCGCACGUCGGGCUCCAUGACGCAGUGCGCCUCAGAGGUGUCGCGCGUCAAGAACCUCAACACGAUCCAGAUGGGCAAGCACCAGAUCGAGGCGUGGUACUUUAGCCCGUACCCGGUCGAGUACUCGCACAUCGACUGCCUGUAUUUGUGCGAGAUGUGCCUGUCCUAUUUCCCUUCCGAGCAGCUUCUGACGCGGCACCGCAAAAAGUGCACGCUUCUGCAUCCCCCGGGCAACGAGAUCUACCGCAGCGAGGACAUUUCCUUCUUUGAGAUCGACGGCCGCCGCCAAAAGACGUGGUGCCGCAACCUGUGCCUGCUCUCCAAGUGCUUCCUCGACCACAAGACGCUGUACUACGACGUCGAUCCGUUCAUGUACUAUGUCAUGUGCCAGCGCGACAACACCGGCUGCCACCUCAUCGGCUACUUUUCCAAGGAAAAGGAGAGUGCCGAGGGGUACAAUGUCGCGUGUAUUCUUACCCUGCCGCAGCACCAGCGCUCGGGCUUUGGGCGCCUGCUCAUCGAGUUCUCCUACGUGCUGUCGAAGCGGGAGAACAAGCUCGGCUCGCCAGAAAAGCCGCUCUCGGACCUGGGCCUCUUGGGCUAUCGCGCGUACUGGACCGAGACCAUUGUCGAGCUCCUGCUCAAAACCGAGGACGAAAUCAGCAUCGAUGAGAUCGCCAACAAGACCGCGAUCAUCCACGCAGACGUCCUCCAGACAUGCCAGGCGCUGAACAUGCUCAAACAGUACCAGGGCAAGCACUACCUCGUACUCUCCGAUGUCAUCAUCGAGAAGCACGAGCGCCAAAUGAAAAAGAAGCGGCGGCGCAUCCAUCCCGAUGAACUCAACUGGAAGCCCCCGGUCUUCACCCGCGACCAGCUCCGGUUCGACAUGAAGGUCUCGAUUCCGGGCCUGCCCAAGACCGCGCCGCUCCUACCGAGCAUCACGCAGCCAGAGCGCGCGGUGCAGCGCAUCCAGGAGGUGCUCGAGCAUAGCUCGCGCGCACUCGUCGUCACAGGCGCAGGCGUCUCGGUCGACAGCGGAAUCAAAUCGUACCGUGGCGAAAAUGGAAUGUACCUCAACGAGGGCUAUCGCCCGAUCUACUACCACGAGUUCGUCCACCGCUGCGGGCCAGAAGAGGAGAAGCGCCGGCGGUACUGGGCACGCUCGUUCCUCGGCUACCCGCCACUGCGCAUCGCGCAGCCGAACGCGGCCCACAAGGCGAUUGCCGCGCUCCAGCAGGCUGGAAUCGUCAACCGCCUCAUUACCCAGAACGUCGACCGCCUGCACUAUGCGGCAGGGCAGAUGGAACCGCCACAGUACACGGAGCUGCACGGCUCCUUGGCCGAGGCGUUUGGCGACAUCGAGCGCUAUACCACAUCGCACAUCCGCGACGAUGCGCCGGGGUGCGGCUUUGUCGCGUCGCGCGAUGCUCUGCAGGACUACUUUGCGGAACUAAACCCGGCAUGGCAGGCGUGGGCCGAGCGCCUGGCCAACGAGCCGGACCUCUCGCUGCGCCGCAACCCAGACGGUGACGUACAGCUCGAGGGCGUGGACUACAAUACAUUUGAAUACCCAUCCUGCCCGUCGUGCGGCGGCCUCCUCAAGCCGGACGUGGUGUUUUUCGGCGAGAGCGUCAAGUCCUGGGUUCGCCAGGCUACAGAGGAGAGCGCACAGGAGUGCGACGCGGCACUCAUUAUCGGAACAACGCUCGCGACACACUCGGCCUAUCGGAUUGUGAAGCAGAUUGUCGCGGCGGGCAAGCCAGUCGUCCUCCUGAAUCGCGGGCCAACACGCGCCGACCCGAUCCUUACGGACCGCAUCGGACUCGACUGCGCCGAGGUGAUGCACGACGUAGCACAGCGCAUGCUGAGUACCUAA